AUGUUUCUUAUAAGCUGCAGCCAGGUAACCUUUUGUAAUUACUACAUGAAUAAUAAUUGCUACAUCUGUCUCUUCAUUUUCAUCAAUUUUCUGCCUAUCUUUGCUCAUCAAACCAAUGUCACACCUCCCCUUUCGUUCACCAUACCUCAGUUCAACCUUGAUACAGAGAACAUACUCUAUGAAGGUGAUGCCACGCCUUCCUUAGGCAUGGUAGAACUCAAUACAGUCUCCCAAUUGUUCCGCGUAGGGCGGUGUACCUAUUCGCAACCUUUGCACCUAUGGGACUCUGUUACCGGUUCACUAGCAGAUUUCACAACCCAUUUCACUUUCAUGGUUGACACUCAUAACAGUAGCAAAUUCAGUGAUGGGUUUGUCUUUUUCCUUGCUCCUGUUGGCUAUCCAAUUCCACCUAACUCUGCUGGUGGUUGUCUAGGAUUGUUCAACAGCAGCACUAAUUUUGCAGUGUCCAAAAACCAAAUUGUAGCAGUUGAGUUUGAUUCCUACACAAAUAUUGAGUGGGAUCCAUAUGGACCUCAUGUUGGGAUCAAUGUAAACAAAAUCUCCUGA